AUGUCUAUAAUCACAAAGCUUUCCCACCACAAGUGCAGUAUCUGCUACAAAUGCUACAUAAAUAAGAAACUUGUAGCCAAGUGUGAAGUUCAGUGCCUGGAAAAAGUUUAUAAAGAGAUGAGUAACACCCAAAGUUCGCAAGUUGCUUCUGUUUCUGAGCAGAGUAAUCUUAUCUUGAAUUUCACAUCUAGCUCAACCUUGGAAGAAAGCACUAACAUGAGCAUCGAUGAGAAUAUUACUCCUUUCGUUAUCAAUGAAAUUGAUGAGCCCAUGUAUGAUAUUGAACAUGAGGAUUCUAUGGAAAAUGAUUUGGCAAUCAUGGAUGUUACUGAAAAUGUCAUUGACAAUACUUCUCCUCAGUUGGUCUAUGACUUUAGUGCUCCUGUUCCUGUUCCUGGCUACGACGAUGCAAAGAAUCUCAAGCUUAUGAAGAUUAUAAGGGAGUUUGACAUUUCCCAGAAGGCCCACAUUAGUCUGGCAAAACAAUUCAAUGAAAUUCUCAGCAGAUCAACCGGUUACAAGACUGGUGAGAGAAGCCAAGACGCUGGUGAGAAUCUAAUUCCUGCUAGCACAAUGAUACAGCUUCCUCUGGGUAGACAGCUUGCAGUUGCUUUGAAAGAAAUUGGUACUGCCAUGGUGUCAUCUAGAAGAAGUAUUCUGACAUCUUUCCAUGGUGCAUGGAUCAACAUCACAACAAGAUCAGGGUACUUCCGGGCUGUGGACUGGGCUGACUUCAUUUUGUUUGUUAUCCCCACACUUGUGGCAGAGCAUGUCCAUGACCAAGCUGCCUGUAAGGCAUUGCUUGACCUGGUGCAGACAUGCAACCUACUCAUGAGCUGGGAGUUAUCAGCAGAGGAGAAAACCUUGAUCAAAACAAAUCUCGUCACAUGGAAUGCGUAUCUGGAAGCCUUGCUAGCUAAAGGAGAGGUCCAGCUCAAGGUCUUUACGAUCAACCAGCACCUCCUGCAGCACUAUCCCGCAAUGAUAGAAGCGUAUGGUCCCCCCAGAGCGUAUAGUGCACGAUCUGUUGAGAGGACGAUUGGGGAAUACUCACGAGCAAUAAAAACAACAGUAACAGCAACAACUCUCCUUCAGUAUGACGAUCCCUCUGCUGGUUGGCCAAUUGACCGAGAAGGUAGUAAUGUUGGUACUGAUUCUGACAUUGAGUUCUGGGGGCCUUUGAGGAACAGAACGAUUGUUGAUAGUUUUGGAGGCAUUUCUUGUCUUCCAGAGCUUCUUCAAAAGUUCUACGAAUCAAAGGGGGAAGAGUGUAGUAUGAUUGAAGCAGCCAUUAAAACAAGCCGUAAGGCAUUUGUAAAUGGUUGUGUUAUUGACUCUGCACUCGACCAUAAUUGUGUAAGAGAGGCACACAACGUCAGACUUCAGGUUCAGGUUGAUGAGAACCGCAACAUUGGGCAAAGCUACUCUCUAGUCUACAAGGAUUUCUUUGGGAAGGUCGUCGUUUUCUUUGAGCACAAGCUCAACAACAAGAGGUGCCUGCUUGUCCUUGUCAAUGUUUAUGCAGUUCGUUUGGUAAAUAGUAUACCAGCAAUCAACAAUGGGCAAAUGAAGCUAAUGGUAGUUCACCUGGCAGAUGUCAAAGAAUUAGUUGGUUUGGUAAAGUCGGACAUGACUAUAAACACAAUAACAACAACAGCAACAACAUAUGUAGUGUGGUCAGAGCUUAACCGCGGCCCAAAACUGUCACUUGGUUCUCUUGCAGACUUAUAA